CUCUCCUUGAGCCACUUCACUUCCCCUCAACACAAACAAGAAACUAAACCAUAAAACUCCCAAAACCCUCCUCCCAUUUUUGCAUUUUUUGCAUUAGCAUUCCACAAUGGCACGAGCACAACAACGUUAUCGCGGCGUCCGACAAAGGCAUUGGGGUUCCUGGGUGUCUGAAAUCCGUCACCCGUUACUGAAAACGAGAAUUUGGCUAGGGACAUUUGAGACAGCUGAGGAUGCUGCAAGAGCCUACGACGAAGCAGCAAGGCUAAUGUGUGGUCCGAGGGCGAGAACCAACUUCCCCUACAACCCAAACAUGCCGCAGACAACCUCGUCCAAGCUACUCUCCGCAACCUUAACAGCCAAAUUGCACAGAUGCUACAUGGCCUCUCUUCAAAUGGCCAAAACAUCAUCACCACCACCUCAAACUCCACGAAUCGCGCCGCCGCUUCCACAAAACCCCCAUGUCCCCGCCGCAAAUUUCGCCGUCUGGUCGCCCCCAGACAAGCCGCAGCCGCCGCAGACGGCGGCAACCGCCGCCGUGGGCGGCGGAAUUGGAAACACAACACCGCAAUUCAUAAAGCCUCUUGAAGAUGACCACAUUGAACAGAUGAUUGAGGAGCUUCUUGAUUAUGGGUCCAUUGAGCUUUGCUCUGUCAUUCCAUCAUCACAGCCCAUGAUUUAAUCAUUCUUUCUGUUCUGUUCUGUUCUGUUCUUCUCCCACCCACCCACCCACCCACAUUUUGCUAAUCUUAACCCAUUCUUCUUCUUCGGAGACUCCAUAGCCAAUUCCUAUCAGUUCUCUGAAAUCUGCAGAUUACAACUUGCAGAUUCAUGAUCUGAUACAUGAGAAUUAAUUAUCUUGGGAGACUUGUAGUCUGCAGUCGUAUUAUUAGUAUUACCAGGUUACAUUUCCUCUGUUUCCACCCCCUAAUUGGGUGAUCAUCAUGUAUGUACAUAUAUAUAUAUUUUAUAUAUAUUAGUAAUACAGGGUACUCUGUUAUCAAUUCUUCCAACUUUAAUGGUAAGAUUAAUUAUAAUUA